CUGUGACGUAGACAGACGGAGGGUUUGUGUUGAUGUGCAGCUUCAGUCAGAAGCUCACUGGAGAUCCUGCUGAUUCAAAGCUCGGCGGCUAACUGACUGUGGAGCGGAGGCUACAAGCUGAUGAGCCCAGUGUGAUGUAAGGCGAUGCUCGCUCGGCCACCAUGGCCAGUGUCACGCUGAGGUACUUCUGUUACGGCUGCCUCGUCACCUCGGCGACCUGGUCCAUCCUCCUCUUCCUCUACUUCUCUCUGGGGGCGGAGCCUGGCCAUGGCAGGACCCCCCUGCAGCACCGCAGCCAGCCCAUUACCAAGGGCCUGGCUGUCAGGAGGGUGGGGCGUCGGCCUCUGCCGGCCAAUAAGGGGGUGGAGCUGUCGCCAGAGAUGGGGAUGAUAUUUAACGAAGCAGAUCAGGAAGUGAGGGACACUGGGUACCAUCGACACGCCUUCAACGUCCUCAUCUCCACCAGACUGGGUAACCACCGAGAGCUGCCCGACACCAGAGACUCCCAGUGUAGGGAUAAGGUGUACCCUCUUGCUCUACCUUCUGCCAGCGUAGUGAUCUGUUUCUUCAAUGAGGCGUUCUCUGCCCUGCUGAGGACCGUCCACAGUGUGCUGGACCGAACGCCGGCCUACCUGUUACAUGAGAUCAUCCUGGUUGAUGACCACAGCGAGCUGGAGGAGCUGAAGGAUGACUUGGAUCGGUACGUCAGGGACGAGCUGCAGGACAAAGUCAAACUGGUGAGGAACCAGAGGAGGGAAGGACUCAUCAGAGGACGCAUGAUAGGAGCCUCACAUGCUACUGGUGAGGUGUUGGUCUUCCUGGACAGUCACUGUGAGGUCAACCAAGCAUGGUUGCAGCCUCUGCUGGCUCCCAUCCAGAAGGACCGCCGCACCGUCGUCUGUCCCGUCAUCGACAUCAUCUCAGCCGACACGCUGUCCUACUCGCCCUCGCCCAUCGUCAGGGGAGGCUUCAACUGGGGGCUGCACUUCAAGUGGGACCCCGUCCCCCCAGCCGAGCUCAACGGGCCUGAGGGAGCUGCCGGACCAAUCAGGUCUCCCACCAUGGCAGGGGGUCUGUUUGCCAUGAACAGGAAGUAUUUUAACGAGCUCGGCCAGUACGACGCCGGCAUGGACAUCUGGGGCGGGGAAAAUCUGGAGAUCUCCUUCAGGAUCUGGAUGUGCGGUGGACAGCUGCUCAUCAUCCCGUGCUCCAGAGUCGGACACAUUUUCAGGAAGAGACGUCCAUACGGCUCGCCGGGUGGACAGGACACCAUGGCCCACAAUUCCCUGCGGCUUGCGCACGUAUGGAUGGACGAGUACAAGGAGCAGUAUCUGUCCCUGCGUCCAGAGCUGCGUGAGCGCAGUUAUGGCGACAUCAGCGAGCGCAUGGCGCUAAGGAAGCAGCUGCAGUGUCAUUCGUUCCGCUGGUACCUGGACACCGUCUACCCCGAGAUGCAGACUGCCGCCAACGGCAACAAGCAGCAGCAGCAGCCGCUGUUCAUCAACAAGGGCCUGAGACGUCCCAAAGUCCUGCAGAGAGGACGGCUGCGUAACCUAGCAACCGGGCGUUGUCUGGUCGCCCAAGGCCGAGCCAGUCAGAAGGGCGGAGUUGUCGUCCUGCGGCCGUGUGACCCCCGAGACCCCGAACAGGACUGGGCGUACGACGAGGAGGGUCAGCUGAUCCUGGCAGGUCUUCUGUGUUUGGACGUGUCGGAGGUCAGGACCUUUGACCCGCCCAGACUGAUGAAGUGUCAUGGCUCGGGAGGUUCGCAGCAGUGGAGCCUCGGGAAGUCUAACCGGCUCUACCAGGUCUCCGUUGGCCAGUGUCUCUCCGUCGCCCAGCCAAUUGGGCCCAAGGGUUACGUCUCCAUGGCGAUCUGCGACGCCUCGCAGGCACAGCAGUGGCAGCUGGAGGGCUGAGGACAAUGACAUCACUGCUCUUGAAGUUUUAUUAAGACUGUUGUUUUAGACGUUGGUCUUGUUCUCAGGACGACUUUUAUCAAGCUCAACAUUUUAUUCAUCGUCUUUCUAAAGCUUUCAGACAUUCCAGGUCCAGGAAGGACUGGAAAACACGUCCUGGAAUAUUCUGGAAUAAUUUCAGUGUUGGAGACAGGACUCUUCUGUUGGAGUUCUAGGUCUGGAAAGUCCUGGAGCGAGUCUGUGUGUGAAGCUGUGUGAUGUCAGAGGACAGGUGGAGCUCUGUCUCAUACCUGUGUGAUGUCAGAGGACAGGUGGAGCUCUGUCUCACACCUGUGUGAUGUCAGAGGACAGGUGGACCUCUGUGUCACACCUGUGUGAUGUCAGAGGACAGGUGGAGCUCUGUGUCACACCUGUGUGAUGUCAGAGGACAGGUGGAGCUUUGUGUCACACCUGUGUGAUGUCAGAGAACAGGCGGAGCUCUGUGUCACACCUGUGUGAUGUCAAAGAACAGGCGGAGCUCUGCCUGACAGUUUGUGUCAUUUCAUCAUCAAUAAAUCUUCAACACAACGAA